CCUCAAGCCUGUCACAAUAGCUGACUGGGGGGCUGACACCAAAUCAUCGUCAGUCACAACUCCAACAGACAAGAGGAUAAUGUCCUUGCCUAAUGCCUCUGCUUCCCAUCCUUCUCUGGACUCCGAGUCCAUCUUCAGUUCUCUGUGGCUUACAAGGCAUUUCUGCGCAGGUGAGUGUUACGAUUGUCUCUUCCGCAACGUCCCUUGGUCUGCUAGGUAGUAUGAGCCUCAACAUUCAAGUUUUAUCGCAAGUUCACAAUCAAGACUCAAGGCCUCAAGGUGGACGCCACAGUAGCUGCCGCCACGGUACAGCAACUAGAUGGCCCACCGACGGUAAGUCGUCCUUGUCGCAGCCUCACUGCCGACGGGAAGCUCACCAGGUAUUUCACGCCAUCCUACCGCUCAGCCCUUGCGCGGCGCUGUGGGCAGCCACGUCCAACGUCUUCGCAUCCCCUGCGACAGUCAAUGCCCUUGCGGUGAUCGGCGAGCCACUAUCCCAGUACGGCCGCAAGGGCGCGGCACUGCCGGGCGUGCGGUGACGGAAGUCACGCGUGCGAACCAGGCAUCCGGACUGUCAGCCUCGUCGCGCUCCCGUGAGCCCAGGGAGGACGCACCGCCGGCAAUGCCACGGUGG